CCUGACAAACAUUCUUUAUGCGGCUCGCCAUCUGAAUGAGAACAGCAGGGAUGAGCGGGCCGGGGGUGGAGGGGAGAAUGACACUUUAAGAAAGAGAAGAGACACAAUCAAAUGAUCCUCUUCUGGAAAGCAAUCCCAGCCAGAUGGAGACAAGGGGACAGGCUGCGUAAAUAACUGGUCUGCCGAACACUUUGCUGUUUUCUGAACAAGCAGGAUUCAGGAAAAGUGAAUGAGAAGCUGGGCUCCAAGCUUCCAUGCUCUUGGUUCGCUGAUCUGUGAACUAAUAAGGGUGGGCUACGUGUGCAGCCCAGGGAUACUCAGCCAUGAAAGGUGAGCUGCUGUUGCUUUCAAGCAUGAUCUUCUUACUGCAGGGGGCCUGUGGCUGCCCAGAGAAGUGCUUCUGUCACUCAUCUUCAAACUCUGUAGACUGCAGCCGCCAAGGUCUGGCUGAAAUCCCUCCCGACCUGCCUCCUGAGACACUAACACUGCUCCUGCAAGAUAACCAGAUAUGCCAGCUUCCUGCUCUUGCAUUUCGGAGAGUGCCACGGCUCAAGAUCUUAAAUCUGUCCAACAAUUCCCUUUCAAACCUGGCCCCGGAAGCUUUCCACGGACUUCAGCAUUUGGAGGUUUUAAAUCUAACCCAGAACUCCCUGCUUUCCUUGGAAAGCAGACUUUUCCAUUUUCUCCCGCAGCUGCGGGAGCUGGAUUUGUCAUCCAACAACAUAAGCCACCUACCCCAGUCCCUGGGAGAGCCCUGGGAGAAUCUAACUGUAUUUGCAGUGCAACAAAAUCAGCUUCAGCAUCUCAGCCGUGAGCUCCUAGAAUCCAUGCCCAGGGUGAGGCUGUUACUGCUCCAGAACAACCUCUGGAAAUGCAAUUGCCACCUGCUUGGUCUUAAACUCUGGCUAGAGAAAUUUAUCUAUGAAGGGGGAAUAACAGACGGCAUUGUCUGUGGGUCACCCGACCCCUGGAGGGGGAAGGAUCUCCUUAAAAUCCCCCACGAGCUGUACCAGCCCUGCCCUCCUCCUCCUCCUCCAGAGCUAGUGUCUGCCCAGGCUCCGCAGCACAGCUCUGAACACGGGGAGCUUCGCAAGCCUCCUGAGGACCACAUCCUGGGCCUGCACGAUACCUCAGAGUGUGCGGUCAAACCCAAACCAAGGCCUGCCAACCUGCGUCAUGCCGUGGCUACUGUUGUGAUCACCGGGGUUGUGUGUGGCAUUGUGUGCCUCAUGAUGCUGGCGGCUGCCAUCUACGGCUGCACCUACGCAGCCAUCACAGCCCAGUACCACGGCCGACCCUCGGCUCAAACCAGUGAGUCUGGGAAGACAGGAGGGAAAGACCUGUUUGACAACUUGCCAGCCUAACAGCAUGCACCUCGAAGAGCAGUGAGCAUCACAGGCUGGACAAAAGGCCUGAGUGUCACCUGUCAUUGUCUCAUUUUGCUUUUUCCAAAAGGUAAAAAAAAAAAAAAAAAAAAAAGCGUCUUUAAAAUGAUGUUCCUGGGAAGACAUGUAUGUUGAAAUUUUUAAAAUACCACAGAUUAAAUAGAGAUGC